AGAAGACCAUCUCCAGUUAAUUUACUGGACACAACUAUGGUGUCUGUAAAGAUACUAGUUACAAUCGCCUUGUUGGCGAUUGUAGCGGCCACACCGCAUCACCAUACACACCAUAAAAAGCUAGAGCGGCACCUGAAGGGUCUACCAUGGGUCCUGGAGAACACCGGACACACUGUCGGUAAACUUGUGGGGGGAGUUACCAAGACAGUGAAGAAGGUUGCCGGUGGCACCGUCAAAUCUGUGUCCGAAUUGGUCGGGAAAGUUACCGGCCAUUUGGAGGCUGAUAAGGCGAACUUCGUGAGUGCAGGAUUCUUCGCGAGAGGAAUUCUUGAUCACAGUUCUCCUUCAUAUAAAGCCUUCAAAUGGAUUGCCGGGAGAAAGGAAGUCCGAACCUACAAUGAGGUCACAGAGAUUCUUCUGACAGCCACCAAGGGUGUCAGCGGUCUGCUCAACCAGUGGAUCCCAGAAUUGGGUGACCUCCUAUCGAAAUUGGUGAUUGCUACGACCAGGAUCGGAGAUUGUGUACUAGGACACACCUUCCACGCGCGAUCCCGUCAUGGACAUCUCCACCAUUUGAAGCACCCGAAAUUGCACAUCUGCACUAAGACCCAUUACGGUAGACGCUGGGGAUGGAAGGCGUACAGAGGUGGAUACAGCACUGAAGCUGAAGUCAUUCUGUAUUAUAAGCUUCAAAAUGCUGUCAAGCAAGUCCACGCUUUAUUGGAACUCAAAGGAGGUCUGGACGGACUUGAAGGAUACGCUAAGAACCUCGCUCAAGCUAUUUUGGAAAUCAGCCAUCUGUUUGGUCGUAAUCACACCGCUUGGACCCGCAAAGACAUCAACUUCGUAUACGCAAGAUUGGUUUCCAUCUUCGGUCUGGUCGGCAACGCUCAGCAUCCUAAACUUGGCAGAUACCUCGUUGCUGAAUUCUUAUUCCUGUUCAGAAUCAACAACUUCGCCCGCGAUUAUAAAUUGGACAUCGAUAGCCACAUCAAAAUAAUAGACAAGGUCGUUCUAAUCGAAAUCAAGCAAUUAUGGUUGCCCGGAAUAAAAAUCUGUAGUGACGAGAAAUUUGAGAAAGGCAUUGUCGACACUGACGAUGAAGAAAUAGUAGAAGACGAAGAGACGUACCCUCAAGAAGAUGAUGAUGAUGAUGACGACGAUGAUGACGACGAUGACGACGAUGAAGACUCUUCAACCCCAGGAGAUGAUGAUUCUAAUCCAAAAACACCAGGAAAAGGAAAAACACCAAUCGAUUCACCUCCUGACAAUGAUGAUGAAAACUCACCAUUAAACCCUGGCAAAGGUGACAAGCCCAAGAAGCCCGGACAGUCGCCUGAUGACAAUGACGAUGACUCCAACCCCAAGAAACCAGUUAACUAG